AUGUCGCGUCGCAGAGUCGCAUAUUACUUCGACAGUGAUGUAGGAGCAUAUACCUACGGGUAUGGUCACUCGAUGAAGCCACAUAGAAUCCAAAUGACCCACGAGCUGGUAACCAGUUACGGAAUGCUGGAGAAGAUGCAUGUUUUGAAACCCCCACGCUGCUCACCACAAGAAAUGACCGCCUUCCACACCGACGAAUACAUCCACUUUCUCAGCAGAGCUACUCCAGAAAUAACCCACGAGAUGAACUCGCAAAUUACUCAGUUCCUUGGAUACCCCGAUGAUAAUCCUCCCUUUGAAGGCGUCUUCGAAUUUUGUUCUAUAUCUGCCGGUGGUUCAAUAGCCGCGGCACGCAAUAUUGUCUCCGGAGCAUCCGACAUUUGCGUCAACUGGGCAGGCGGCCUUCAUCAUGCCAAAAAAGCAGAAGCUUCCGGUUUCUGCUACGUGAAUGACAUUGUCCUUUGCAUUCUAGAGCUCCUGCGCAGCUACUCAAGAGUCACUUACUUUGAUAUUGACUGUCAUCAUGGUGUCGAGGAGGCUUUUCUGUCUACCGAGCGCGUCUUGACGUGCAGUUUUCAUAAAUCUGGCGCAUUUUUCCCUGGGACAGGACUGCGUUCGGACCAGGGCAAGGGUAAAGGGAAAGGUUAUGCAGUCAACGUGCCUUUACACACUGGUCUCACAGACGAGUCUUUUAAGAGCAUAUUCGAACCGGUCGCUUCAAAAAUUCUAGAGAUAUUUCAACCUGCCGUGGUUGUACUACAAUGCGGUGCCGAUUCGCUCUCUGGCGACAGAUUAGGUUGCUUCAACAUUUCAAUGGAGGGACACGCGAACUGUGUCAAGUUCUUCCGGGAUAAAAACAUCCCCCUUAUUCUACUAGGCGGAGGAGGAUACACUAUCAAAAAUGUCGCGCGGACAUGGACGUACGAGACGGCGUGUGCUUUAGGUAUUGAGGAUACCCUUGGAGAUUUUCUUCCUUGGCACAAUCACUUUGAAUGCUUUGGCCCACGUUAUCGUUUAGAGGUGGCUACUCACAACGCAGAUGACGAGAACCUGAAGGACAACUAUCUUGAUCAACUCAGGGCGAAUGUUCUAGAACAGAUAUCUAGACUCUCUUGCGCACCAUCAGUGGGACUUCAUGACGUACCUCGAGAGGAUAUUGGAACACAUCUGGGGAUCGUAUUUGACGACGAUGAUAUGGAUAUACAGGACGAUCUAGAUAGGCAACUUUAUGAACACGCUAGAGACGUGUACAACCAAAUCGCAACAUCGGGCUCGGAAGAGGAAGACUCUGAUGGUGCGUCGACAUCGUACUCUCGCGUCUCGUCGCAGUGUGGGGUACCUCGUCAUCAGCGCAUGAGCAUUGUUACCAAUGAAUGGCAUACGCUGCCUUCACAUAACCUGGUUUCUUCGAUUACUAAACGCCGUUUUUUUCCUGGCACUGGCAUGCCAUGGGCGUUGGGGGGGUAAUAUCAUGUAUAUUCUUAGUUGUCAUAUUGGAUUGGGAAAACACUUUGUACAUGCAUAUCUACACUGACACAGAAAUCUAAUGGAUAUACAUGUACCUGAGC